GGUAGAGCAACGCUUUUGCGUCCGUUUGCGUCCGGAAACGCUGGCAAUCUAGUUCCUCCACCGCUAACGCUUGAGAGCAGCUCUCGCGGUAGUGUAGACGCAUCGAAGCGUCGUCAGCUUCUUGGAGAACAAACAGACGCAACAUCUUUAGCAAAACCAUCUCCAACUCCUGGUACGCCAAAGAGACAGAGGCCACGCGCUAGCAACGGAGGCAUUCGUGAACAGUACG